AUGUCUGGCCGCGGCAAGGGAGGAAAGGUGAAGGGCAAGGCGAAGUCCCGCUCGAACCGCGCCGGGCUGCAGUUCCCGGUGGGCCGAAUCCACCGUCUCCUGCGUAAGGGGAACUACGCUGAGCGCGUCGGAGCGGGGGCUCCGGUCUACCUGGCCGCCGUCAUGGAGUACCUGGCGGCCGAAGUGCUCGAGUUGGCCGGAAACGCGGCGCGCGACAACAAGAAGACGCGCAUCAUCCCGCGCCAUCUGCAGCUGGCCAUCCGCAACGACGAGGAGCUGAACAAGCUGCUGUCGGGCGUGACCAUUGCCCAGGGCGGAGUGCUGCCCAACAUCCAGGCCGUGCUGCUGCCGAAGAAGACCGAGAAGAAGGCUUAAGGCCGCUUCACACUGCUUCCGUUUGACGACACACCUCAGGCCGAAAUCUAUUAAAAACGCCCUUUUCAGGGCGACGGAAUCUGUACCAAAAAGAGAACUUCCGACAACGCUUCU